AAAUUUUAAACAAAUCACAACACAACAAGCAGAAAUAUUUAUAGAAAAUCAGUUUUUAGCAUGGCUACAGAAUCACCAUCGCUAACACGCAGUCAGCGCUUGGCUGCUGUGGACGUCAAGGAUCUGCUGCCAAAAUGCAUUGCAAAAAGGACAGUUACACAGGUGGACUAUGUAAACCACAUGGCGGGGGGUAAAAAAAUAAGAGCCGAGAAGAAGAUUAAAUAUCAAACGGAUCCAGCGCUUAUAUCUGGCCACUAUGCCAACAAUCUCAAGGUGAAUGAUUUGCAGCAAAGGACUCGCACUUGGCCGUAUGCCAUGCACUGUCGUGAGGAGUAUCGACAGUUUUUGAGACGUACCAAAUGGUGCAACGAGGAAAUCUACAAACUCUUUUUUGAAUGUCCCCCAGUGAGAUAUGAUCAAAUAGAGGAUUUCCUUAGGGAUAUGCAGCGAACAAUUUAUGGCUCUGAUUAUUCACCCAAUGAUUACGAAUCAUUGCUUAGCCAAAAGCGCGCAGAUGUGAACAAACGCUCAACGGCAUCACAGCCGAAUGACUAUCUUACCACAUAUCAAAAUUCGUAUAACAUUGUCCAAGAGGUGGAACGUUUCCGUGAGGCUAUUUACAAAAAGAGACUGCCCAAGGACAUGACCAUAGAAGAGUUUGAAAAGAAUAUGCGUAAGCUGUUCCGCAAAUAUGGCCUGACCACGUAUUACGAGGAAGUCUGCUUGCCAGCACUGCUUACAGCCAAGGAUGGCAUAAUGCCAGCUGGUCCCAUUGAUCGCUAUACACUGCGCAGAAUUUAGUUUUAGUGUUAACAACUUACAUUGCUUCCCAUUCGUGAUAUAGAUGCAAUAUGCGAUUGGAUUGCGCAAUGGGCACAAAGAUCAU